UCAGGGAGUUUUAAGUGCGUGAAGAGGUGCUCGGUCGGGAGCGUGAAUGAAUACCCCGUUUGUCAGCACGAUGGAAGGUUUGUCGAGCUGGAUUAUGACGCCGGUGCUUGUUUUCUAGAGCUUUGCCGUCCUCCUGUAUCCGAGCUGUGGUUUCCGUGAGUUACAGGGGAGCGGCGGUAUGCUAAUGACGCUCUCUCGUAUCGGCGGCUCCGCUACCUGUUGAGCCAUCAUGUUUUUACAUUUCAUUCUGACUGCCGGGCGGUUCGACCAAGUGUUAUUGCGCAUGCGCGGAUUGGGAUUAGGGCAGAGUUUGGGGUUACUUUUGAAUUUUUGCCACGGUAGGACAUUUCGACAAGACAUUGAAGGUUACCAGGACCAGCUGCAGAAGGAUGCCCAGUUUCUGUGCACAGAGGAGAGGAUGGACACCGAGCUAGUAGACAGACUAGUCUUGCAGCUCAACAGGAUCUACCCUCAGAUACUCAAUGACAAGGAGGCCCACAAGUUUAGGAACCUGAGCAUGCCCACCAAGGUGAGAUUGCCCGAGCUGCUAAAACACUUACAGUGGAAAGGUGAGGAGGCAUGCCAUGAAUUCUACAGAGGCCUUCACAUCCACGCAGAGGAUAUCUACUUCAGUCUGCCCACCAGGGUCCAACGCAGAGAGAUGGCAGACCCAAAACGGGCUAAAUUGGCAGCGGUACGCCCAGAGAAAUACGUGCUUAACGACAGGGGACCCAUGUUCUUCCUGACCUGUUUCAGCUUUGCAGUUUGCCUUGCUGUGAUCUAUUAUUAUGGAGAGGGCGAGACACUGAGGGGCACCGCUCCGUUUCUCCACUGCUCGGCUGCAGGGCUGGGAAGCCGGGCUAAAAACAUUUUGCUUUCCUGUGUUGACGCUGGAACCAAAAGAAAAUAAGGCCAUGCAACAUGGACGCUGAAGAACAAACUCCAAGGAGGAAAACAAAACCCAGAAUAUACCACUGUGCUAUGCCAAACUCUUUAUGAGUGGAGUUGUGAGGUUUGUCUCAGCUGACCCCCCCCCCCCCAUCCUAAGGAGGAAAUAAAAUGCAUGACGUGCCACACCAGUGCUUGAGACCAGUGGGAGUCUUGGCUCGACAUUAAUGAUGAAGUGUAUGAUGGGAGCUUCUCGUUUUAAGACAUGCUUUUCAGCUAAGUGGAGUGGACAUUAUUAUUGACAAGGCAGAGUGCUGAGUGGCUCUCACGUUGAAGAAUGAGGGCUAACUAAAGCUAAGCUAACGUGAACUUGGCUUGCACCACUGCACGGUAUGAACACAAUUAAGUUAGUAGCACUAUACAAUGUAAUGGCAUGUCCAUCUCUUAAUAGCACAGCUCUUUUCAUCAGCUCACUGACUGGCCUUAAGUGCCUUCUGAUGCUGCGAUCAGCACCUUGUUGCAAACCUUUUGACGACGUUGCACUAUCCUCGUGUUCGACUACUGGUCAGUUGGUCAUACUUGAAGUAAAUGUUUCUUAAUUCCCAAUUCC